UACAGUUUUGCAUGUCCAUAUCUUCACCUGGCCAGGCCUCGGCUGCCGUUGCUGUUCCAUGGGGUAUUGGAGGGGGGCGGGGUGUGAGGGGAAAUUUGGGUGUAGGAGCGAUAAGUUGUGGGGCUGUGAGGGAGGGGGCUCUUGUUUGGGGGGGGAAGUGCAAAGCUGGAGUGCAGAGUCCGGUGUGAGGGGUGUUUGCAGCUUAGCGAUGUACCUAUGGGAGUGGAGGGAGUGGAGGAAGUGGGGGUUCUGUGGUCUCGCGUGCGCGCAGCAAUAUCUCUCGAUCGACUUUUCGGCACUGUGGAGGUGUUGUGCUGGUGAUUUGCUGAGCCGCGCUGGUACGUCGUCGUUGCGAAUCAAACGCGGGGAUCGAGAGUUUUGGCUUCGACUCCGGAGUCAACGUCUUGCGCGUCAUGGCGAGUUUAUCAGCGACCAGCUUGUUGAACACAGUGCCGUUGCGCCUGGAGAUGGCUGCGGCGGCUGGAUGGAAGAACAGCGGGCGAGCGCUCCCUGCUCGUUCGACGUCGGCACUGGCAUACCUUUCAGGGAAUUGCUCACGUGGGGACCUCAGCAGGACACGUGGCGUCAUGAACGGCCUGAGAGAUUGGUGCCAUUGUAUGACGCCGAUGGAGCAACACUCGCCCGGUCGUUUGGGGCGAGGGCCCAAGCUCAGGGGAAGGAAGGAGGGUCGACCGGCGGAUCGCAAAGAGACGCGAGGGGAGGCGACGCCUCGAGGGCUGGGGGAGCGGGCAGCACAGCAGGUGCAGCGGGUAGCGCAGGAGGGGCAGGGAGUACAGGACAGGGCUCUGGAACUGCCGGAGGUGGAGCGGGGGCGACUUCAGGAACCGGGACCACGGGAGGAGGUGGAGCGGGGACGACUUCAGGAGCCGGGACCACGGGACGGACGGGAUCAUCUGGAGCGGGAGCGGGGACUACAGGGGCCACGAGUGGCACUGAUUUGACGACACGCGGCUUGGGCGGGAGAGGUCUCAGUCGAGCCAUCGAUCGGCCUGGGCUGUUUGGCGGGCUCGCGGGACCAUUAGACUUGUGGACUUCGCCAGCGACUUCCGUUCGCCAGAUGAUGGAUUUGAUGGAUCGUCUCACGGAUGACACGUCUUUGGGCCGUUCUGGAGUGGGCAGGCUGAUGGGAGAUCAGAUCCGGGGAUCGACCCGUUUGCCGUUGGAGUGGCGUGAGACGGACGACAAGUUUCUGUUCCGAAUGGAUAUGCCGGGCGUUAAAAAGGAGGAGGUGAAGGUGCGGGUGGAAGGGGAGAACACGCUGGUCGUAAACGCGGAGCAUCAUCGUAGGGCGGACGAAGGCGAGCAUGUAGAGGACGGAGACAGAAUAGAGAGCGAGGCACGGUACUCUUCACGGAUCAGUCUGCCAGAUCAUGUGAAGGCGAACGAAAUCAGGGCGGAUUUCAAGGACGGCGUUUUGCACGUCGUCAUUCCCAAGGAGAAGGCGCCGGAAAGGAGGGUCGUCGACGUCUCGAUCUCUUGACGUGUCGGUCUACGAGGUCCUAAUUGUUAGCGAAGACACCGUGUAUGCUCUACGGAUCGCUCUGCCAGAAGGUCAAGGCGAGAACGAGAUCAGGGCGGGAUUUCAAGGACGGUGGUUGGUUGGCCACGAAGGUUAUAAACGUGUGAAAGUUUUGUAGAUUGGUGAUGGUAGAGUCAUCGGUCAAUUUGGUCGCUGAAAUAGAAAGUAGGAGGAAGCAUGACUUGGUGGUGGUGGGGGGGGGAUGGGAGGGGAUUACCUCGUCCCCCGAACGUAACGGGUAUGCGUUUAGAGGUUCCGAGUAUCUCGAAAAGAUCGCUGUUCGAAUAGAACGCACAUGCGUUGUAUUAGAACGCACAUGCGUUGUAUUCUAUUCGCUCAAUUUGGUGAGUAUUAUGAAAGUAGGAGUAAGCAUGAGUUGGCGGAAAGGAAAAGGAUGACGAACAUAACGCAUGUGCGUCGUUGGAGUUUGUCUUCUUUUUGUAGAAUAAAUCGCUGUUGAAAUAGAACGCACAUGCGUAUGCAGUGAUCGUUACGGAUAGAUUGCUGGGUUGGGGCUUAGAAUAUAGCAAAUAAAAAAUGGAUAGGCAAAUUUUCUAGUGUACGUGUUAGUGUGUGCCAAAUUUUCUAGUGUACGUGUUAGUGUGUGCGUGUACGUGUUAGUGUGUGCGUGGUAUGGUAUAUAAAAUUUGACCACAUUGCUCCUGUCCGUUGGAACAGAACGCACAUGCGUUAUGAUCGUUGCAGAUAGAUUGCUGGGCUGGGGUAUAGAAUAUAGCAAAUGUAGUGGAUAGGCUAAUUUUCUAGUGUACGUGUUAGUGUGUGCGUGGUAUGGUAUAUGAAAUUUGACCACAUUAUAUAGUGGAUAGGAAAUUUCUAGUGCACGUGUUAGUGUGUGCGUGCUAUGGUAUUUUUCCUGUCCGUCCCCUUUUUUUCCGUCUCUUCCCCUGAUGUAUCUCUGGCUGUGCGUGAAGGUCAUCCUGUCCAGAUUUGACAGGCAAUUGAAUUGGUUGGGCAGCAACUUGGGCUUCAAAAAAAUUAGCCUUUGAAACCCAGAAAAUAAAAUAAAAAAAUAGACGUGGGAAUUGGAUAUGUGAAGUAGUCAUCAAGUCAGAGCUACUGCUUACGACGGUAGAUUGCACCAGAUCGCAAAAAUACCGCACAGCAGACAGAUAAGACAAGAUAGAGGAGGUGGUACAAGGCGGGCACAGCUUUGCACCAGAUCGCAAAAAUACCGCACAGCAGACAGAUAAGACAAGAUAGAGGAGGUGCCACCAGGCAGGCACAGCUUUAACUACUUGCGAAACAUGAAAACGUUCGAGUGAUGGAGGUGCUUUUUUCCCUUAGAACAUGUCGAAGUCCAUAUCCACUCGUGCACUGAUGUGUUGGGCCACGUGACAGAUUCUUGUCUUUCCGAUUCAGAUCUGUCAUUUACCGAUGUCACGUGGCAGAUUCUCUUGGAUUCUGUUAGCCGUUGUCACAGACUCACAGAAAUGAUGCCAGCUGAGCUCUUUAUGGGUUCUUGCCGUAUAUCGUUGAUACAGAAAUGAUGCCAGCUGUGUUGUUUUCUGCAGAGGUUUUCAUCAAGUUGGGUGUGCAUGGCAUUCCGCCAGCCCCUACCCCUCGCGCCCCCCCCAAAAAAAAAACCCCAAGUGCAUGGGAGGAGGUCACUGUCAAACUACCGUCUUCCCCCGAAUACAACGCACUCCCCAUUUCGGUUGUACCUGACCGGAGAUAUGGCUCGUAUAUACAUUCAUAAGAGGAUGCGUUAUGUACGAGGGAAGACGGUAGGCGUCAUGGAUUCUGGGGGAAAAGGCUUGUACCGGGUAUUUUUUAUCAUUCCGCCGAAUGCAACGUUUCCCCAUUUCGUC